UUUUAACAAAUGCUGCCUUGAUGAGCAUAAGAGACUUUAAAAAAAAAAAAAAAAAUGACUGACCCCAAAACUUUUAAAAGUGUAUUAAAUAUUAAAAUAUGAAUGUAUGAUAUGACCCCUUCAGAUUAUAAAUGCAACUAAGCAAUUACUCUUAUGUUCUCUGAUUUACAAAACUUGUCCUAUUUUCUGUAGGAUAUAGCUCCACCUAAAAGAGGGCGAAGAGGUCGACCCCGCAAACGUCCCUUGCCCAGACCAGAUCUUUCCCAAAAAGGAAUUUCUUCACCUGAUCAGAAAACCUUGAACCCUCCAGCUCCAUCCAUGUCACAAACCACAGCCCUCCCAGCAGCCAAUCAGACCAGCCUCACUCAACCAAUGGACUGGCUUAUAGAUGACAUCAUUGCGCAGCUCCCAUUUAUGCCCAGCAAUCAAAAUGGAAUAACUGUAGAUUCCAACAUGGAUCAUACAAGAACACAGUCCUCAGUUAAGCUCACAGAUCUGGGUAUAAUCCGACCGCAGUCUGAAGGUGAACAUCUUGAUAGUUUUCUGAGAACGUUUGAGCAACACGUUGGUGUAUGGGAUUCAGACGUCCAAGAUGGGAUGGUGCCCAACAUAACAGAUGGAACCCGGAGCUGUGGACAGAGUUACACAGUCCACACAAAUGCACAUGCCACUUCUGUGAACACAACAACACAGGGAUCAAAAGCCUCAUUAUCCGAGAACAGACCACGAGUAUCAUCUGUAAGUAGACCGCAGAAACCAUCGGGUUUUUGGCAGGUGUCAGGUGUGAAAAUGGAGAAAUCAACAGGACAGCAAAGUGAACAGAAGCCUAAUUAUGGCAGGAUGACCAGAAGCCAGAGUAGGAAGAGGAAGCUGGAUUUUAUUGAAGAACUUCCUAGGAGAGACGAGCUCCCAGUCAAACAGAAGAGAAAAAGAAAAAUUGAACAAACAGAGAAGACAAAGGUAGACAUUUCUCUACCAAAGGAGAAAAAGAGAGAAAAAAAAACUAGCAGGCUGCAUAGAGAAGAAAAGUGCUCCAGCAGCACAGCUGACUCAAGCUGCAAAGUCAUAAAAACGGUUAGUUGCCAAAAUGUAAAGAGUGUCACACAAACAACAAAGACUUUGGAUCGGUCAAAAUCCUCAGAGCUGCAUGCUCACAAAGUGUCCAGUCUCGUAAAAGAGAAACAAGUGGGACAUGCUAAAAGAGACACAGCCGAGACUCUUCUAGAAGGAAGAAUGUUAAAGGUGCAGUGCAGUACACAACCCAAGCUAUCGGCCACAGAGAAUAAAUCCACUGGGUCCCAUCAGGCUCUUUCUGCUUUUGAGUUAAUGAAAAAGAUCUUGGAAAAUCACCAGAAGAGAGAGGGAGAGCACAAGGGAAAAGACAACAGAAUGUGGACUGUGAAAAAACAGCAAGGAAAGGAAAGGCUGGCAAAUACGCAUGUCCGUGGAGAUGAGGUGAAAAUUACUGAGAAUAAAGAGAAGAAUGUUAGAAUCAUGGUUGAAGGUCACAAUAAAAGCAGAAUAAACCAAAAAGAUAAGGAAAAAAGUGGGAGAAUAAAAGAGGCUGGCAACCAGAAGAACAUUUUUCUUCAGCAGAAUCUGUCAUCAGCUAAUGGUUGCAGCAUGACAAAAGGAGAGAGACUGAUGGAGGAUGGCUACAGCAAGACAUGAUUUGAGACUGCUGACUCUCUCAAUGAUUCUCCUUUGCAAAGAUGCAGCACAGAAGGCAUCGUGAUUAAAAACACGACAAACAAGUCUUUUGUCUCACAUGCACAAGACCCCACCACACCUCUUGAGCCACAAGGGUCAGUAGCCAUUUCAGAAGAGGAUGAGGAUGUUGAUGUUGUGGAGGUCUCUAGUUCUUUGUCCGAGUCCUUCUCUGUGCUGCCUAUCACUGCAGAUAUUGUGCUCAGCACAGAGGACAGUGAUGAUGAAGACGACGAGAUUGAUGUCAUAAGUUUAGGAUCUAAUUAAGUGUGUAGCCAUUUCUGUUACUGUUUACUACUGUUUAGCUUCAGAGUUCUGAAUAAAUGUGUGUUGGUGCAUAUUUUAAACACUGUUUCAAAUGAUCAGAGACUUAGAACAUGGUACCCUUUCCCUGUGUAUAAUUCAAUACAUAGUUCACACAAGGUGACACUUGGCAGUAUUUGCUCUUUCGACUUUGGUGGCUUCAGUUUCAGGCAUCAGAAAUUUUUAUAGAUUUGAGUUCUGAAUGCAAAAGUGUAUUUUGUGUCAAAACUGUGCAUUAUAAUGAUUGAGACUGCUAGUAAUGCAUGCAGAGUUUUCUUGUCAUUUGCCGUAUUUCGUAGCCAUGUUCAGAA